AUGGAGAGAAAUGAUAUAAGGGAAAGGCCUAUAGCUAUUGCAAUCGACAGAGAUAAAACAAGUUGUCACGCUCUUAAAUGGGCUGUGGAAAAUUAUGUACCUCGAGGCGGAACGAUUAGACUCGUUCAUGUCAUCCAAAGGUCUACACUGAAUGCAAAUGGUCCUUCUUCUACAGAUGAUGAAUCGUCUGAAAGACAAAACAGUGAUAAACGUAGCACUCAGUUUCUUCCGAUGCGCUGUCUUUGUAUGCGAAGAAAUAUACAAAGCGAAGUAGUUUUGCUUGAAGAUCAGGAUGUGGCGAAAGCAUUGAUCGAAUAUAUAAGCCAGAAUUGUAUUUCUACAUUCUUGCUAGGGGCCUCAUUGAAGAAGAGCAUUACCAGGUUAUUCAAGGUUGGUGACAUUUCAAGUAAUGUGAUGAGAUGGGCACCAGACUUCUGCACUGUCUUAGUCAUAGCAAAGGGAAGACUAUCAACUGUACGGUCAGCGACUCGCCCUUUACCUCAAGCUUUGCCAUCUCCUUCAGGGACUGGACCAUUGUCACCAAUCAGCAACACCACCACUGAUGAGGCCCCCUCUGAGAUGUCAUUGUCAAGGGAAGACGACGUUUUCUUUGAGGAGUUUUCAUCUCUUGACCCGGAUACUCCUGUGAACGUUAGUGGCAGGAUCAGUACAGAGAGUUCUGGUCUCUCCUUCUAUGAGAAACUUGGGGCUCCACACAUGUUAGAGGCUCCUAGAUUCUCUGGUCUAGAUGAUGAAAAAGCCAAAUUUUCGAUCUAUCUUAAUAGUCCUUCUGAUGAAAAGAAUAGUACAUUAGCUUCCCCAAUAUUACCAAUAGAUGACGCCGAGGCUGAGAAGAAAAGGCUAAAGAAAGAGCUGAAGGAGACGAUGAACAUGUAUCAUGCCGCCUGCAAAGAAGCUCUUAUGGCAAAAGAGAAAGCAGCAGAGCUUGAGAUAUGGAAAAAGAAAGCAGAGCAAAGACUUAAAAUAGCUGAAAAAACAGCAAAACUGGCGAUCAUGGAGAUGGAGAAGACGGAACAGGAAGUACAAAGACGAGUUGAGGCAGAGAUAAAGACGGUGAGAGAGUUAGGGAACGGUGACAAGAAAAUGGUUUUGGAUGAUGCUCUUGCAGAGUCUCAUCUCGUGGUCAAGUAUGAGAGCUUGUUCCAUAUCUUAGUUGUUAUUUUCUUGUUCUAUGUUUACUUCGCUGUCAAAUAA